AUGUAUAUGCUUCAAAAACAUCUUAAAAUCGGUAACUUUAUAACAUAUUCAGUAUGUCCAAAAGGUAACAAACUAUAUACUGAAAAAGAAAUUGUUGAUUUAUGGGAUAAUAAUGGACAAUUAUUAGUAAAAAAAUAUAACCAUGUUAAAUUUCCAAAUAUAAUUGAAUCUAGACAAGUAGUUACAUGUAAUUCGGUCUUAGCAAUACAAAAUCAAUAUCUAAGUGGUACUAUUAAUAAGCCAAUUUUACUUUAUUCUUUUGCAAGUAUUAAAAGUCAACUUGCAAAAAU